UAAAACACACGGGGUCACGUGAUCCGCAUUUCUGCGGCUCGCUGUUUGACUUGAGUGCACGUGAACACAACGAGGCCCUCGCGCACUCAUUCGACGAGCACACGUUCAGUACAUUGACACUAAUUAGCAGCUAGCAGCCUUUAUAAGUAUGAAGUUUAAACGCAGUCAGACGUUAUUGUUGUGACAUUUCUCACAGGCUGUUAGUUCACAUCAUGGCGUUUUCCCUGAGGAACGAUCCCCGCAGGUCGGAGUGCGCGGAGGCCGAGUCUCCGGCGCUGUCCACCUGCAGCAACGCGGACAUCUUCCGGCGGAUGAACACCAUGCUGGGCAACGCGCUGGACUUCACCGGCGUGUGCACCACCCCGAACAGCGCCAAGGGCACAGCGGAGCUGCUCUGCGAAUCUGAGCUGGCUGCAGUGGGCAGCAGGAGGAUGCUCUUCCCAAACUGUGGUGGCAUGCCGGGCUCCCAGGAGAUGCUGUCACCCAGAGUCCCACCGGGUGUCACAGACAUGGGCCUCGGCCUACAGUCUCUCAGCCUGUCCAGCUGGGACAGGCCAUGGAGCAGCCAGGAGACGGAUGCACACGUCUCCCCUUCCCAGAUUCAGAGCAGUUCACCUUCAAUGCUUGGUAUACUGAACAGUCCCAUUAGAAGCAUCCUUGGGAAGUCAUCCAACUAUUUGCCCCCUGACUCCAUGAGCAUGACCGCCGACUUCCUGGAGAAGUUCCCCGGCAUGGCUCGCAUGGCAAACAGGCUGGACUCGAGCUCCUUUCUGGACUCUCGCUCUAGUAGUCCUGAGGACUCGGAGACCAGCGGCUUCAGCUCUGGCUCAGACCACCUCUGCGAUAUGUUGUCAACGCUGCGGAUUUCCCCUCCCCUGCCUUAUCUUGCAUCAAACAUGCAGAAGGACCUUUUGCGCCUGGGAUCCCGUCUGGAUCCCCAGGACUCGAGCUCGCCAAUGACUCCUCCCUCCAGUGCGAGCCCCACUUCAUCAACCAUUUCCCGGCGCUGGCGUACUAGCUCCCCAUGGCCUGGUGCAACUGUGCUAGACCAGUCAGAUGACGCAUUCAGCAUUGAGAGGGAGGCUCGUCUGCACAGGCAGGCGGCAGCUGUGAACGAGGCCACGUUCACCUGGAGCGGUCAGCUGCCUCCCAGGAACAACAAGGAUCCUCUGUACUCUUGCAAAGUGUUUCUUGGUGGCGUGCCCUGGGACAUCACAGAGGCCGGCCUGAUAAACACCUUCAGUGGGUAUGGCCCUCUGACCGUGGAGUGGCCGGGUAAGGAUGGAAAGCACCCUCGCUGUCCUCCCAAAGGUAAUGUGGCCAAAGGCUACGUUUACCUGGUGUUUGAGAAUGAGAAGUCUGUGCGGGCAUUACUUCACGCCUGCUCCCAAGACCCCUUUCACCCAGAGGACAACAGGGAAUACUACUUCAAGAUGUCCAGCCGCAGGAUGCGAUGCAAGGAUGUGCAGGUGAUCCCCUGGGUGAUUUCUGACAGCAACUAUGUGCGCUGCCCUGCCCAGCGUCUGGACCCCAGUAAGACAGUGUUUGUUGGUGCUCUCCAUGGGAUGCUGAAUGCAGAGGCUCUGGCCAGCAUCAUGAACGACCUGUUUGGAGGUGUAAUGUACGCUGGCAUUGACACAGACAAACACAAAUACCCCAUAGGUUCUGGUCGUGUCACUUUUAACAACCAGCGCAGUUAUCUGAAGGCAGUGUGUGCAGCAUUUGUGGAGAUUAAAACCCCCAAGUUUACAAAGAAGGUCCAGAUUGACCCCUACCUGGAAGACUCGAUGUGUCAAGUUUGCCUUCGCCAACCUGGGCCCUUUUUCUGCAGAGACCAGGCUUGCUUCAAGUACUACUGCCGCUCUUGCUGGCACUGGCAGCACUCCAUGGACAUCUUGAGCAACCACAGGCCCCUCAUGCGCAACCAGAAGAACCGCGACUCCAGUUAAAGCAGAUGGGUCGAAACGCACUGAAGGGCCUGAGGAAGAGCCCCUCUGUGGGCCGAGGAUGCCCGCCAAGGAGAGCACGUGUGCUGGACAUCCCACAGCGAGGGAACCAUGACACGCCACCAGGCACUGGGGAUAUCACUCUAGAAAUGUUCACUUUUGCACUUGCUACAUUUUUGCUGUUGUUCACAGUGGCACUAUGCACAGUGACCUUAUUGGGACAGACAAGGGGCCCUUCACAAUUUAACAUUUUCCAGACUUGUGGCUAGACAGAAAAAUCAGUCAGCCUUAGAUUAAGAAAAUGUUAAUUUUUUUUUUUUUGUUUAAAUGUGUUGCAUAGUGAAGAGCAAUCACGCAAGUCUCAUUGCCGUUCAUUGGCAAACGCCAUACAGUGCCUUUAAAUUUUUAUUUUUCCCUCCCUCCCCCCACCCCAGUUGGCGUCAAUGUGUUUUUUUUUUUUUUUUGUUUUUUUUUUUGUUUUUUCUCCCCCCCUCCUGUUCAAGUCAACUGGUGUUUCUUACUUUUGGGAGUUGAGCGUUGGGCUUCAUUUAACCAGUCGCAUUUCAGACAUUUUACGCAGUUUUUUACUAAUUUGUACACAAACGGUUUUAAGUCUUGACAUGACAAUUUUGAACAGAAUUCUACCAGGCGGCUGUUUAUGGGAAACCCCCUUUUUUAUUUUAUUUUUUCUGAAUUUUCUCUGGCUGUUUUUGUUUUUCAUUUUAAUUUGCCCCUCAGCUGACUGGGCACAAUGUUGGAAGUAACUUUAACCUUUUUUGUCAGCUACAGUAUAUUAAAUGUAACCGUACUGGAUAUGCUUCAACUUCUAGUUCAUGAUGUCUUGUAUCUGACGCAUCCUGUUGCGAUCAGUGAACAUUUAAUUGUACAAAGUUAGACUUUUUUUUUGCACUUUUUUAAUUUGCACGUGUGGAGAGGUGGUAGUGGUUUUUAAUCACUUUUGUACAUCAGCACGGGGACAUUCUUAUGUUAGAACAGCUGUUUGUUUCCCGUUGAAUGUAAGAACUUCCACUUAGCUGAUUUAAUCUAUCCAGAGCUUGAGUAGACCCAGUAAAUGAUCCAGUGCUUUCUUAUUCCAUUUUUGCCUUCCUGUUCCAGUUAGACAUAAAUGCAUAAUAAGCUGUGUGCCAAAGACAAAUUGUCUUUUCUUUAUCCAUUAGAAUUGUUGUGCUGAGCUUGUUGUCCCUUUAGCCCAGCUGCUUUUUAGAGUUUUGAAAGUCUACCUCAUUGUGGUCUGCCAAGUUUGCUGCUACUUACAGUUGUGGAGUUUGUUCAGAUUGGGCACAAUAAAGGUGUUUAAGCAUUAA